GCAGCCACGGCAGCAGCAGCAGCAUGAAGGGGGAGAGCAGCCGCAGCGGGCGCCACAAGGCGAGGAGGUACGGUAUGCGGAGGAUCUGCCGCAGGAGCAGAAAAGCCCGAAACCCAACUCGCCGCCACAGCUUCCGUCGCAGCCGUCUGUCCCAAACCAACACCUGCCUCACCCGCAGACCCGCCCGCAGGCCCAGCAACACCCCUGCCAGCCGCCUCAGCCUGCCUCCCACGUCCCACACGGUCCUCCUCCCUCCCAGCCUCCUCCCCCGCAGCCCCGGCCUCAGCCGCAUCCCCACCUGGUUCGCGACUGGCUGACUGCCGCCCGCUGCUGCGACGUGGGAGCGCUGGCUGCGCUGCUGUCCGCCGAGCCGGGGCUGCUGGGCUGCCGGGGCGGCGGACUGGGGCACACGGCGCUGCACUGGUGCGCGGCCAAGGGCAGUGUGGAGGGGGUGGCCUGGCUGCUGCAGCAAGGUAUGGACAUCAACGUGCGCAACGACGACGGGGCGACACCGCUGCAUGCAGCCGCACGCAACGGGCGACUGGAGGCAGUUGAGGCGCUCUUGUCCUGGAGACCCCCCGCCCGCAGCUGCGGCAGCAACAGCAGCAACAGCACCUCCUCCACCUUCUCCUCCUCUGGGGUCGCCGAAGCGGGGGCGGGGGCGGCUACCCCCCAUGCACCCACGUCCGCGUCCG